AUGUUGCGUUUUUUAUUCCAGCAUUGAAACCUCGUGGAUUUUUUUUUUUGUUUUGUAAAUAAUAUUCAUUUUCUUGUUAUUUAUAAUCGCGAUUUUCUUUAUGUUCAUUCUCUAAUUUUUUGUUUAAUUCUUUAAAAUGGAUUUUAUGAAUUUAAAUAUCAAUGAUAAUCAAAAAGAAGAUGAAUCCUGGAAACGAUUUGCAACAUUUGUAGAAACUUUGGUGGCUUUUCUCCAUCGUCAUGAUGAUACUAAAUCUGUGAUUGGUUGGAUUGAGGAAGAAAGAAAAACAAAUAGUGAAGAGGAAAUUUUGAAAAAAUUAGAUGCAAAUAAUGAAUUUCGUAAAGUAUUGUCCCAAUUUACUGAUUUAUGUUGUUCAAAUUUAAAUAUGGCCGAAGGGUUCAUUAAAGAUCACGAAAAAGCAGUCGAAAUUUUUGAAGAUUCAAAAGCUAAAAUAAAUGAACAAAAAUGGUCCGAUGCAUUACAUUUGAUAUCAAAAGCUAUUCGACUUUGUUCGCCAAAAAAAGAUGACAAUUUGCUUUUACAUCUUUAUGAUAAACGAUCAAUUGUGUUCUAUCAACUCAAACAAUAUCAUGAUUGUGUUUUGGACAUUCGUGAAAUACUUGCCCUAAAAAAUGAUGAAAAAAGUUCAUCGGUCAAAUUCUAUUUACGAAUGGCUCAAGCGGCCGUUAAUUUAGAUAAUCAAUGGGAUGAUUUAGAAUUAUUGUCCAACGUUAUAAAUGAUUGUCAAUCAAUCCUGGCCGUUCUCAAUGAAAAAGAACGUGCACAAAUGGAAAAAAUGCUAACAUUGAUGGAUUCAAUUUUAAGUAAAAAACGCGAAGAAUCGUCACACGAAUCAAAUGACAAUGGAGAAAAAAAAUCUAUAAAUUUGGAGAAUCUAAAAAUUUCUAACCCUCAUCCGAUGAUCAAUGGUGCAUCAGACAAACUUAGAUUAACUUGGAUAAAUGCUCAAACAAAUCGGGGUUAUUCAGCUCAAGAUAUUAUAGAUGAAGGUGAAUUAAUAUUUAUGGAAAAUUCAUUUGUUUGUAAUUUUUUGGCCGAUAUAAAUGAUUCCUAUUGUGCCAAUUGUUUACAACGUCUUUGUGAUCCUGUAUUCAACGAUUCAGUAAUCAAUGAUAAUGAUGAAGAUGAUGAUGAUGUGAUUGAAGAAAAAUCUGAAGAAUAUAUGAAAGAAUAUAGUCAUUUUGUUCCGUGUCCAUCAUGUAGUAAAUUUAUUUUCUGUUCACGAAACUGUCAACUGAAAGCAUAUAAAACAUUUCAUCAACAUGAAUGUCUUAAUUCAUUGUUACCGUUGGAAGAAGUACUUGGUAUUGUCUAUCUGAUCAUACGAUUAAUAUGUCGAACAUAUGAUUCAUUUGUUGAAUUGGCUAUCAAAAAUUCAAAUUUUAUUAUAGAUGAAGAAAAUUUCGAACAAUCAUUAGAUGGUGAUUAUAAAUCUGUUGUUCGACUUAUGUCUCAUGAUGAUAAACACGAUGAAAAUUCAAAAAUUUCUUUUAUAUUAACAGCUUUCUUUCUACAAGAUGUAUUGGAACGAUACAGCAUGUUUGAUUUAAGUAAAAAAUCAAACAAAAAUCGUAUUUUCUUUUUAAAAUUGUUUAUUCAUCAUUUACAACAAUUAUCAACAAAUUUAAUUACGAUUUUUGAUCAGAAUUUAGAUCCAGAAUGUAUAGAAAAUUGUACGGAAUCACCCAUUGCUAUUGGUCUUUAUCCAAAUCUAGCAUUAUUUAAUCAUAGUUGUGAUCCAGAUGUUGUACCAUUAUAUAAAGGAACGCAAUUAUUUUUCAAAACAAUACGAAAAAUUCCCAAAAAUAAUGAAAUUUUUUUCUCGUAUGGUCCGACGUUUAAGACAAAAUGUUAUUAUCAACGUCAAAAAUUACUGAAUGAACAAUAUUUUUUUACUUGUCGUUGUUUGGCUUGUAUUGAUAAACGUGAAAAUUAUGAUGGUGCUAUGCUUUGUCCAACUUGUUACGGUCCUUCAUUCAUUGAUUCUAUAGAAAAAUCUGAGGAAAAAAAAUAUUUUAUGAUUUGUCACAAUGGCCAUCGUACUGAAGAUAUUGAACCAAUCAAACAGGAAGUUUUGCGUGGUAUACAAUAUCAGAAAGCUGGCUUAUAUUUUUAUAAUUUAGCUUCUGAAAGAAAUGAUGAUGAUGAUUAUGUUGCAGCAAUUACAUCAUUCUAUAAAGCUGAUGUAAUUUUUACAAACACAUUGUUUUGUUUGAAUGUAUUAUGGCUAACAUUGAAAAGACAAAUGAUCGAUUGUUAUGUAAAAAUGGGCCAUUAUGAUCGUGCUGUUAUAUAUUGUAAGCAGUUAAUUUCCAGCUAUUAUAAAAAUUCAAAUCAAUCGGAUCAAUUGCCUUUUCUUGUUCUAGAAAAAGUUCGUUUGAUUAAAAUUUUACGUUUAUUGAUUGAAGAAACUGUUGAUUCUCAAGAAUUUGGACGUUUAGGUCAUGAACUUAAAGGUCUUGCUGAUUAUUGUCUAUCUCAUAGUGAAUUUAUUAAUCCAAAUGAUUUACAAAUACUUCGUGAACAACAAUCGGCAAAAAUUUAAAACAAUAUUUUUUUCAUUAUGUUUGCUAUAUUCUAUAUAUUCUAUUAUUCUAAAAUAUUACUUUUUGUUUUUGUUUGCAUGAUCUGUCAAAAGAUGGC